AUCGACGGUUUUUCUCUGCGUCGUGGAGAGGAAUCGGCCCUCAUCCGAUGGAGGCCUCGGCGAGUUAAGGACAAUUUUGGCUACUAUGAAGGUUGGAGGGCUUCGGGACAUCAUCGCUAGGGAAAUUUUCGCAAAGAUCGCGUUUUGGUUGCUGACUCUGUAGAUUGCCGACUCAGAGAUUCGAACGGAAAUUCCAGCCGCGACAGAGCUACAGGCUAAAGUUCGGCGACCUCAGAAGGCAACCCAUCGACGUUAUUGAAGGGCCUCCGUACAACUUUCAGUCCGGUGCACAUGCCAAUGCUUGUCAUCAUUUUUGGAUUCCACAAACUGGGGACACAACCUUUCUCGAGAUGCAAUCAAAAUGGGUUUGAGGCUAAAGCUCUUUGGUUGAAGAAUUCUUUGCUAAAAGUUUUACCAGGGAAUUUCAGUACUAGGUGGGAAUUUAAUAAAUCUAUUAGCAUGCUCUACGAUGCAAACUAUUUUGGAGGCUUUAUUCACAUAUUUGAGUAUGGACAUGGUAAUUUGUUUAUACCUGAAUGGCGGAAAGGAGUAUGGUUCAAUAAUUUUCUAACAGGAUUGACAAAAUCAAUUGUUUUGGUGGAAGAAAUCGUUGCUAAACGAACAAUGGAAACUGAACGUGCUAUUGGGGAUAACUUUCAGCUAAAGCGGGUAAUAACUUAGAGUUGGAGAUUCUGACCUUGGAUCGGGCUUUUCCUCAUUCUGGUGAGACUACAUUUUCCAUUUCAAGUGUCUUAAUUCAAGCUGAUAUUGAGCAAUUAGAUUCUUUAGAUCAUGCACUUGAUUUGGUUCUCGUUGAGGAUGUUCAGUGCUCUGUGCAAAAUCAUGAAUCCGAUCUCAAAUUUGAAACGGAUAAUACUUCGAGGGGGGCUGCUGUGAUUCGGGAAUUUUCACAAGGGACUUUAACAUUUGAAACCAAGGAGGAGAUGGAAGUCCUUGAAACUGCUCCUCUUCAAGUUUCUUAUUCGCCUCAUUCUGAACUAUUAGUGGAUGGAUUAGUUUCUCCUACGCCUGUAGUUUUGGAACCUAAUGAUUUGGGUGGUAACAAUCUUGAAGUUACGCCUGUUCAAUUGACACUUUAUGAUCGUAAGCUGCUUGACCGUGUUGCUGACAUUGAAUGGGACUCAG